CUUUCAUUAGCCGAUGCUCGUUCCUCACUGAGUCAACGUCCAGAGAGCACUUCGUUUCCCUAAAUAACCUCAACAGGGCAUGAGCGCAGGACUCUUAUCCAGCUGAAUUUCGGAUUUAACACGGGAGGAGUAGAGCUUCGUUCCCUGGACAUCAAUUGAAAUCAUGCCAGUUCCAGAACAGCCCGCUGAAGCCGAGAAGGCCACCAUGCUGAGCCCAGGGCUAAGCGCUUCUAACGGAGAUGGAACUGAAACAGAGACCACCUCAGCCAUCCUGGCAUCCGUCAAAGAGCAAGAGCUUCAGUUUGAAAGAUUAACUCGAGAGCUGGAGGCGGAGCGUCAGAUAGUUGCUACUCAAUUGGAGCGAUGCAAACUGGGAUCUGAGAAAGGCGGCAGCAUGACCAAUAUCAGUUCAGCGGAUGAUCAGUAUCGCUGGAACACUCAAGACGGGCAGAAAGACAUCGAGGAUGAACUGAAUACAGGUCUGGAAUUGGUGGAUUCGUGUAUCCGUUCCCUGCACGAGUCUGGAAUAUUGGAUCAUCAGGAAUACACCACAGCUGAUAGACCGAGUCUGCUUUCUCAGAGCUCACUGCAGCUCAGCUCGAACCCAGAGGGCUGUCUCCAGUAUUCCUCCAGCUACCAUAGUAACCAGACUCUGGCCCUGAGCGACUGCUUGACCACACCAAAAUCUCAGCCGCCUCAGCCUCCUCCACGCUCCAGCGGCCAGCCCGGGGGAGCCGUGCACAGCUACAAUCAGGUGACAUCUAACCGUGCGGCCCAGCUCGCGGCCGGGGACACACAGACCCAGAGUCAUGGCAGUACCCUGCUGUCCGAUUCCCAGCAGCCCACUGCAGCGUCCGGUUCGGGCCUGUACUACUCCAGCUCCACUCUACCUGCCCAGCGCAUCAGCUCGCCCAUGAACUCAAUGCAGACCGCGGCAGCAGGCGGAUCCCCUACCAAACUGCAGCGUCUGGGUUCGGCCUCCGACACGCCCGGAUACGCCACCACCCAGCGCCUGCCCUCCUCUUCCUCAUCCGCCUCCCCUAAGCCUUCACCUGGGAGACUUGCGAAAUCCUAUAGCAGUAGUUCACCUAUCAAUGCGGUGGGCAUCGGAGGAUCACCCGGCGCGCACACUUUGGGCUCUCCUAUACGGCUAGUGUCUCCGGCUAAUAACGCGUCGCCCAUCUCCCAGCAGCUGCAGUCGGCAGGAGUGUCAACGUACGCCACUCUCACGCCCACCAAAAGACUCGUGCACUCAUCUGAUCAGUAUAAGAUAUCCCACGAUCUGUACGCAACGGCUACUUUACAGAGACCUGGCAGUCUUGCUGGAUCUCGAGGUUCCUACAGCGGCCAGCACGCCCACCUGGCCCCCGAACUGAGGCCCCUGCAGUCCCCCGAGCAUCACAUUGACCCUAUAUAUGAGGAUAGAGUAUAUCAGAAACUCCCGAUGAGAAGUCUGAGCCAGAGUCAGGGAGAAGCGCUCCCUCCAGGACAUACUGGAGCCUACCGGAAUAACACAGCCCCGUCCUCCCCUGGUGUUGACUCCGUACCCUUGCAGCGAACAGCAAGUCAAAAUGCCACAGGGACGUUUCCUCGGGGUGGCUACUCCUCCGGCCAGGGCGCCAACUAUGCUGACUCUUAUCGCACCUUGCCAUACUGCUCGUCCGUGGAGUCACCCUACAGCAAGUCGGGUCCUGCCCUGCCACCAGAGGGCAACCUGGCACGCUCUCCCUCUAUAGACAGCAUACAGAAGGAUCCCAGGGAGUUCGGUUGGCGAGACCCGGAGUUGCCCGAAGUCAUUCAGAUGCUACAGCACCAGUUUCCUUCGGUUCAGUCGAACGCAGCGGCGUAUCUGCAGCAUCUGUGCUUCGGAGACAACAAGAUUAAAGCCGAGAUACGGAGGCAAGGUGGCAUUCAGCUCUUGGUGGACCUGUUGGAUCACAGGAUGGCUGAGGUACACAGAAGCGCCUGCGGUGCCCUGAGGAACCUUGUGUAUGGAAAGUCCAACGAUGAUAAUAAAAUCACCCUUAAGAACUGUGGAGGCAUCCCCGCACUGGUACGCCUGCUCCGGAAGACCUCGGACGUGGAGGUCAGAGAACUAGUUACAGGUGUGUUGUGGAACCUGUCGUCAUGUGACGCUCUGAAGAUGCCUAUAAUCCAGGACGCUCUCGCCGUGUUGACCAACACAGUGAUUAUACCCCAUUCCACCUGGGACGUCUCUCCACACCAGGAGGACCGCAAACUUCAAAUGCACACUUCCCAAGUCCUUCGAAAUGCCACAGGGUGCCUGAGGAAUGUAAGUUCGGCAGGGGAGGAAGCUCGGAGGCGGAUGAGAGAAUGCGACGGCCUGACUGACACGCUGCUUUUUGUCAUCCAGACUUCACUUGGAAGCAGCGAGAUUGAUAGCAAGACCAUAGAAAACUGUGUAUGCAUCUUGAGGAACCUCUCGUAUCGGCUAGCAGCUGAAACGUCUCAGGGACAGCAGAUGGGGACAGAAGAGCUGGACGGUCUCCUGUGCAGCGACUCCGGAGGAAAGGACGGAGAGACCUCAGGCUGCUGGGGGAAGAAGAAAAAGAAGAAGAAGUCCCAGGAUCAGUGGGAUGGUGUCGGCCCGUUGCCAGACACUGCCGAGCCCCCCAAAGGGAUUCAGAUGUUGUGGCAUCCUUCGAUAGUCAAGCCCUACCUAACCCUGCUGUCUGAGUGCUCGAACCCGGACACGCUGGAAGGGGCCGCCGGGGCAUUGCAAAACCUGGCUGCAGGAAGCUGGAAGUGGUCUGUAUACAUCCGUGCAGCAGUGAGGAAAGAAAAGGGUCUGCCCAUCCUCGUGGAGCUACUGAGGAUAGACAACGACCGCGUGGUGUGUGCGGUCGCCACCGCGCUCAGAAACAUGGCCUUGGACAUCAGGAAUAAAGAGUUAAUCGGUAAGUACGCAAUGCGAGACCUCAUCCAUCGCCUGCCGGGCGGAAGUAAUGCUACCGGGGGCACUGCCAACAGCACAGCGGGUAAAACCAUGUGCGACGACACGGUUACAGCUAUAUGCUGCGCCCUGCACGAGGUCAUCACCAAGAAUAUGGAGAACACCAAGGCCUUACGAGACGCGGGAGGCAUCGAGAAGCUCAUCGGUAUUGCUAGGAGUAAAGGAGACAAACACUCACCUAAAGUGGUAAAAGCAGCAUCUCAGGUUCUCAGCAGCAUGUGGCAGUACAGAGAUCUCCGGAGCCUUUAUAAAAAGGAUGGUUACUCACAGUAUCACUUUGUUGGCUCUGCCUCAACAAUAGAGAGAGACCGACAGAGACCGUACUCAUCCUCACGGACUCCGUCUGUAUCCCCGGUCCGGAUGUCCCCCAACAACCGAUCCGCCAGCGCCCCUGCCUCACCCAGAGAGAUGAUCAGCCUCAAGGACAGGAAGAGCGACUACGACUCUGGUGGAACCAACGCCGGUUACCAUGGAAACAAAGGAGAGCACAGUUCCAGAAAAGACACAAUGGCAGUUCAAACCUCCUGUGGAACAUCCACAUUGUUCCGGAACUCGUACGAUACUUCAAAUGAAGAGAUCAAACACAACCAGGUCCCGGCACCACCCGCACCCCAGGAGCCGCCACGCAAAGACUACGAGGCAUAUCCAAUCUACCAAAACUCCAACAGGAACUUUGAGGAGACAUUUUUUGAAGAUCCGGUCCAUCGUGCCCCUCCCACCACUGAUAUGAAUAUGCACCUGGGACUCAAGUCCACUGGAAAUUACGUGGACUUCUACUCCGCUGCCCGCCCCUAUAGUGAACUCAACUACGAAACAAGUCACUACCCCGCCUCUCCGGACUCUUGGGUUUAGGACUUUGCGAACCGGAGGGUUUUGCGGACGGGAGGCGCGGCAUGUGGAGAGGCCGGGAAACUGCAUGUGCAUGCAUAUCACAAAACAUUUCUCAGCAAGUUUUGUUCGUCUAAGCUGGUUCCGUGGUGAAUAUGAGCAAGGAGGGCGGUGAUGGAGAGAGAGAGGAGACGCAGAUAAAAGAAAUCCUUGAGAGAGACAGAAAGAGAAAGAAUGCAUGAGAUAUGAAAGAAAACACAUAUUUUAAAGGAAGCAGAAACUUAACCUUUGGAGUAGUGUGUGGGUUUGAAAAGUGUAGGUUAUAUAAGAAAGUGCACAAGUAUUGUAAAGGAAGGGAGGGGUAUGUAAGCACAAGAAAAUGAAGUUAGGAUGAGGUACGGAAACAGCUUUUCACCCUUUCGAAACAUCCUAUUCAUUUGAUGUCAUGCAAACGAUCUUGACUAGCGAGAAAUAUUCUUUUUCUCCAUAUUUUUCCUCUAUUUUUGCUUAAUUUUUUGUUUGAUCUUUUUCAAUUUGUUGAUGUAAAGUAUUUGGUGUACAUUAAAGAAACGCAUUACACAAGUGCAUUGUGUAGAAACCA